UAUCUGAGGUAACCAAUAAAACUUCUUUCUUUUUCCUCUUGGACAAGUUCCUUGUUCCUCAGACCACAUAUAAGGGUUUCGGAUCAUUCACAAGAAAAAAUCAAUAAUGUCGUUUACUGGAACUCUCGACAAAUGCAAGGCUUGUGAUAAGACUGUUUAUUUUGUUGAUAUGUUGUCUCUUGAAGGAGUUCCUUACCAUAAGUCCUGCUUCAAGUGCAGCCAUUGCAAGGGAACCCUCGUGAUGAGCAACUACUCAUCCAUGGAUGGAGUUCUCUAUUGUAAGCCUCAUUUUGAGCAACUUUUCAAAGAGUCUGGCAAUUUCAGCAAGAAUUUUCAGAUAGCAAAAACUGACAAGCAGAAUGAGCUGUCUAGGAUUCCUAGCAAAGUCUCUUCCAUGUUCUCUGGAACUCAAGACAAGUGUGCCACUUGCAACAAGACUGUGUAUCCAUUGGAAAAGGUGACUUUGGAGGGGGAGUGUUACCAUAAGUCAUGCUUCAGGUGUGCCCAUGGAGGGUGUCCCCUAACUCACUCCUCAUAUGCAGCCCUUGAUGGUGUCCUUUAUUGCAAGCACCACUUUGCUCAGUUGUUCAUGGAGAAAGGAAGCUACAACCAUGUCCUUCAGGCUACCUCCCACAAAAGAAAUGCCUCAACAUCCUCUGAAACAGCUGAGGGCCAAGCAGAAGCAGAAGAGAAGGGUGGUGGCGGUGGUGGUGGUGGUGCUGCUGCCGAAGCUAAUGAUGGAUCACAAGAGUAGUCCUAAACAAUAAACAAAAAAAAAAAAAGAAAGAAAAAAAAAAACUCUCACUCCACUAUUUCUGCAUAUAGUGUUUAAUUAUUCAUGGGUGGCUUGCCAUCUCAAAAACCAAUUUCAUCUUUUUAAUUUUGUCUAAGUGUUCACAAUUCGUCAUGGAUUGUGAUUGUUUAUUGUUUCUUCAUUGAUACAAAUGGCUAGAUAUUGUAUUGAAUCUUUUGUUUUGUCCCGAGUUUUGCCAACAGGGUUGUUUUUCUUUCAAUUUCUGUAAUCAAAUGGAAACAAAUAG